AUGACUGUUAAUAAGAAACCAGUUUCUUCAACAAAAAUGGAUCUGUUUGUUCCUGGGUCAGACUGCAGUGCUCAUUUUCCUAUGAGCUCCAUGUCAUCAAUUUAUGAUAAUGACAGACCACAUUUCUUGCAUUGUGGGAACCCAAUCUUCACCAACACAAGCAUGGAGUCUGGCUUUUCUGAUGACAUGUGUGGCCUGGAUGACAACAUGGAGGAUGGAUGUUUAGAGAACUUUCUCACACCCGAUGUCAUGAACAGCUUCAGUCAGGCUACAACCUUGAACCCUUCAUCAGAAUUCUCCUGGGCAGGAAAACUGGAACAUGAUGUGUCUAUGCCAGCGGUCAGCGACAGUUUAAGCCCAAACCCAACUUUGGCUCAGCUUGAUAUGGAACCAGACAUUUCAUUGGUCAAUGAUAUAAUCGGCACAGAUCAGGAUGACAGCAAACUUAACUUCGUGACACUGGACUAUUUUUGUGGGGACAUGAAUGACUUCAGUAGCCAGCCCAGUUUUACCUGUGCCCCCAGUUCCUCACCUGGGUCAGCUUUUGGAUAUACUUCUUCAACAGAUAUCAAGAAAUUCUCGGAGACAAUAGCCACUACCUCAGCCGACAAGUUUCUGAAACAGACUGGUUCCUCUAUUGACAGUAACUUCCCUCCAAGAGUGACUCAGCCGCAAUUAAUUGGAGUUGCAGCUGUGAUAAAACCUGAAAUGAACAACUCACUUUUUUCUGAUGAUGUCAGUGAUGGUCUCACCAAACUAAAAGCUCAGUCUCCAAAUCUGCACAAACUUUUGAGCACAAACCAUCCCUUAGCUGUGAUCAAAUCUGAAAUCUCUAGUCCCCCAAGAGAUGUUACAGAGAAAGAGUCUGCAGUCCGGUGGCAUGCAGAUUCCAGUGUCCAAAUUGUGCCCUCAUCAGGGGCGGGCAAAAGAACUCAUGUGAAAUCUGAGCCACUAUCACCUAAAGCUGGCAUGAGUGAAGAAACAAUGGAGGAGAAAUGGAAGGAUAUUCAGCAUUUCAUGCACAGUCCAGGGGAACAGUCCAGGAGAAAGAGGAGGAGGUUUGAUUCUGCAAGCUCAGAAUAUAUCUCCGAUGAUGAUGAUGACGAUGAGGAUGAUGAUGAUGUUUCACAACAUGGGGGCAAAUAUAUUUAUGUUGACAGCGAUGACGACUACUCAGACAUUGAUGCUGAUUUGGCUCACAUUACACCAAGUGAGUGUGAAUCUCUUGUGGCCGUUGGGAAGAAACAGAAACAGUUCUUCUGGCAGUACAAUGUCCAGUCAAAAGGUCCCAAAGGAACCAGGCUGAAGCUGUCAGUGGAGUCCCCGGCCGACCCUCAUGUGCUGAAUGACUUUGAAGAUCCUGUGUUUGACGAAUGUAACACUGCCAUAGCCGGCAUCCGUCAUGGGGGCAAGGCCAGGAAAGGGGAUGGAAAUGAGAUCACUCCAAAUCCCAGGAAAUUGUUUAUGAUUGGUCAUCAGUUGCUGCGACUCAACCGUCAGAUCAAUGCUUGCCAGCUGGGUAAUGAUGUGCCAGCUGCCAGGAGGAAUGAAUCUCGUAAAGAAAAGAACAAAUUGGCAUCAAGGGCCUGCAGGUUAAAAAAGAAAGCACAGCACGAAGCCAAUAAGAUCAAACUUUAUGGCUUGGAGCAAGAACACAGUCAACUCAACUCGGUGCUGAAGUUUAUCUGGCCAAACAUUCGAGAGAAAACCAAGGCUCUGUUAGGGCACACGGACAAAGCUGCAGUGUCUUCGUCAUCCACAAACUUGACCGGUAUGCUGGAGUCACAGAUUACUGAAAGUCUCAAGAGCAUGAUCGCCGGUCACACCACGAAUUAUGUCAACAGUGUCAUCAUCAACGUGGAGCGCGGGGACAACAGCGGGGGUCUGAACCUCAAGAGGAACCACAAAACAUGA